GAUGCAAAACACCUUGACCACCGAGCGCCCACAUUAGCCAUUCCACUCCCUUUCGUUCAUUGGUUGAACAUAUACAUCUUCCACCUCCAGAGUGCGGAGUUUCCUAUAAAUCAGUACAGCGUAUUUACAUAUGACCAGAUUCGCUCACUUAUCGAAUGACUGAUUAUCUAACGAGAUAAUAUUAUCGAGGUUUUAGACUUUUCCGCUGCACCAAAUCAAUUAAGAUAUCAUUUUAUAAUGAAUUUGUUACAGUUGGCCAAGAAUUUCUUCAGCCUACAGAAGAAGGCGUAAAGUGAAUGUAUGGUCGCAGAAUGCAGCAGGUUUCAGGAAGUUGUAUAUUUGAAUCGGUUCAACGGGGGGAGAUCGAUCGAGUUUCCCAUUUAUUACAGCAGGAUCGGGGUGUUUUGAAACAAAAAGCUCACCCCUAAACCAUCUCGAUUGGGUCCAGGUCCGGUGACUGUGGAGGCCAGGUCAUCUGGUGCAGCACCCCAUCACUCUCCUCCUUGGUCAAACAGCCCUUGAUGCCUUCAGUUUGACUCUACAAUUUUCAUAGUCAUGAAAAUAAAGAAAACUCUUUGAAUGAGAAGGUUGGGGAGGUUUCACAGCCCUCCACUUUGCUGCUCUCCAUGGAAACCGGCCAAUGGCUGAGCUUCUGCUGAACAGCGGUGCUGAUCCAAACAUUCCCUGUGAUUCCGGAAUAACUCCUUUUCACUUUGCUUGCAGAAAUGGCCAUAUUUUUAUCAUGCACAAAAUGAUGCAGCAUGGUGCAGACUUACACAUAGUAGAUAAGCAAGGGAAAACGUCGCUUCAUCAUGCAGUCGGUGGAGGAAGCGUUAUUGCCACGCAGUACCUGUGGGAGACUGGCAUGUUCUGUUUCACAGAUGCCGAUAACUAUAAGGUCACUCCGCUGCAUUUGGCAGCUUCCACAGGAAAUUCUGACGUAGUCCGUUAUCUCCUUAGAGCAAAUAGAUGCACACCAGAGGCAGUUGACCACCAGGGGGCGACAGCACUUCACGUGGCUGCAGAGAAUGGCAUGAUUGAGGUGUGCUGGCUGCUGUUGAAAAGUGCAGGGCUCCACAUUUUACACAUGAAAAACCACACUGGCCUCACGCCUCUAGACCUCUGUAAUCAAGGGAAUACUUUUAGACAUCAGCAGCUCUCCAGGAUUUUGACGGAUUUCAGUCACCGACCAAAAGAUCUGAUUCCUAAGGACUCAAAUGUGAUGUACUUCUGGAUGCUGCUGUUGCCGUCUCUCUCCGGGGCUGCGGUUCUCAUUAUAGCUGCAGCUCUCGGUGAAUAUGGGGCUAUCCUCUCUGCGGUGCUUUUCCCGUGUUUGGCAAAAGUCAUUCUGUCUCAAUAUCAUAGACUGAGCAGCUUUCAAAGGUUACCAAACCCUGUGUACUUGGGAACACUGGCUGCAGGCAUUAUUCAUUGCUCAGCUUGCUUUCUCUAUAAAUUUUUACCCAGUUUUUGGCCAGCUUAUGCCCUCUUCAAUUUUUCACUUGUCCAUUUUUGUGUGCUCGUUGGACUUUUUUGGAAAGUUCUAAAUCAGAACCCAGGACAACUCAAAGAAGCUGACACUGAUUCCCAGUUUUCCAGCAUAAGAGACUUAAUAGAAGCCGGAAAGAGCCCGGACAGAUUCUGUAUUCACUGUGAGUUGAUCCAAGUGGACAACUGUAAACACUGCCGUUUGUGUGACAUGUGCAUCCAAGAGUACGACCACCACUGCCUCUUCCUCAAUCAAUGUGUGGGACGGGACAACCACCGCAUCUUCAUCCUCUUCGUCAUGUCUAUGGUAAUGGCUCAACUCCUCUUCAUCCUCAGUGCCGUGUACUACCUCUCCCUGAAACUCUCGGGCUUGGAGAUAUCCGACUGGGGCUCACUGGCAGGAAGAGAGGCCUCUGUGCUCCUGCUGACUCUGCUCAACAUCUUCUCUCUGAUCUGGGUGGGAUGGUUGCUAGUUGAGCAGCUGGAUGCCAUUUCCAUGGGAACCACCACCUAUUUUAGGCGGUACGACAACAAAGGGCCUUCUAAAAGACAACGCUUGAGAACAAUCCUCACUUUUCUGCUUGAAGGGAGAACAAGACAGGAGCACAGUCAGUCUUUCAGCAUAUAAAGAUCUUUUGAAAUUCCAAUCACAGUUUAGUCUUAUUGUUGUUUAUAAAGGCUGGAAUAGAUAACUUCUGUUACAUACUUCACAGUCCUGUAGUUUAUGAUGAGCUCGGAUUCAGAUUUUCUAGCUUCAGACUACGAUGUUAUCCAAUCAUAGGAUAUCAAACAUGAUUGAUAUUUUGCGAUGAUUGUAGACCAUAUAUUAUUUUCAUUUCUCACUCAUCUCCUAGCAAUGAGAUGCAUGUUUCUGUGAGAGUUUAGGAUCGAAACAACAUAAAAGUCAAUGCGAUCCUUUGUCAUUUAGUGUAUGAUGCCCAGUUUUUAUUUUUUCGAACCAUUUACAAUGUCAGCAAGUGUGUGAUGCAUAUUGUGUUAAAAACUGUUCAGAGUCUAAAAACGCUGAUGUCAUCAUCAACGCUGAUGUCAUCGUCCAUCGCGCUGUUUCACUGUAGACAUCGUCUGAUGGCAAAUUUGUAGACAUCGCCCAACCCUAUUUAAGAUAUAUAAAAAUAAACAACAACAAAAAAAUGACAUCACCUAAAUUAUCUUUGUAAUAGCGCUUUACAUAAACAAAGGUCACUGCUGUCUUGCCUUGCCAUAACUGUAUCUGUAUUUUUUAUAACAAACAUUUUAAAUAAAUGCCUUUCAGUGUAAA